UGCCCGCAGCGCCGGACGCGGACACACGUGGGCGUACCGCACCCAGAGCACGGCCAUCCGCUCAGUCAUGCCGCGGCUGGCCCUUGCUGCUGCUGCUUUGCGGGUUCGACGUGCUGGACGCUUCGCACUCCGCACCGGCUGUUGCGGGAGCCGUCCGAGCCGGCCGAGACAGGGUUGCGCGAGAGGGUGAGAUGAUGGACGGCGCUCGUCCCGCACCGGCGCCGAGAAGGCAACGCGAGAGGAAUGCCCGAGCCGCCGGCUCGACUCGACGCAGCUUGCGCUCAGGAACACACGUUUGCGCGCAGCCUACGUAUGUGGCGCUGCUGCGGCCAAAGCGCGAUCUGCGAGCGCGGGAACGAGCUCUCUGCCUGCGCGCUGCUUGCUCCUCCUCCGUCGCAGCAUCCGUUCGGCAUCGGCGACUCGGCGUCCAGUACCGCAGCACCGCGGGCUCCGGGCAGCCGCUGCCGCAUCCUGUCAGACAGCCUUGGGAGCCGAGUUGUGCGGCAAAACCUCGCACCGCCGCCGCCCUGUCCCGCUCUGCUCGGCACGCUCUUGGCCGCAAGCUGCGGCGAGGACAGCAGCUUGCUCGCCGAGCCACGCCGUGUUUGGCGCAGCCUUCUUGGAUGCCGAGCCGCCGGCUGGCCCCAUGGGAGGCUGAGCCACACUUGCUGUCAGGACGAUGGUCGUACCUGAGUGAGCUCGCGGUGCAAAAGCAGCGGAAAUCCGACACGGAGAGAGCACGUCGUCGGCCCGCCAGCGGCUCCUCUCUCAGGCAUCACGAUGGCCACGGCAUGGAAACGGUAACAUGAGUCAGGGCAGAGUGUAAUGCUACAUGAGAGACACAGAGAGGCACGGG